GCACUUGACGAUCAAAUCGAAUCGCACCUAUUCCUCUCUUUGGCGGUAGCCGCGUAGCGCCCGCUCAGUCGCCGCCGACCACGGCGGAGAAAUUGCGGCUUCACCUCGCCUGUGUGUCCUGAUUACGCGAGGACUCGAGCGGCUAAGCUUAGCAGCGAUCUCGGUCUCAGCGAGGUCGGUGGGUGCCGGAAGAGAAAUGGGUGGCUUCCACUUCCACCACACCUGGUUCAAGGCACGCAAGGUGUUUGUAAGAAUGCUUAGCAAUGGAGGCGGUGCCAGCAUGGCCUGUGAUAUCUCGGUGGACGCCUCGGACCUCUCCAAGCGCCUCUGCAAGCUCAUCAUCUCCUGCCGGAAGGCAUCCGCCCUCGAGCACGAGCUCGACCAUAGCGGCGUCCGCGUUACGCCGGAGAUCGCGGAGAGCGUCCUCAAGCACCUCGACAACGCUGGUAUGCUCGCGUACCGCUUCUUCGAGUGGGCGCGCAAGCAGAAGCGUGGGGUGUGUGCUCAUACCGUGCGUUCCUACCACACGGUGGUUACGUCCCUAGCCAAGAUCAGGCAGUACCAACUCAUGUGGGACGUCGUGGCCAUCAUGCGCAAGGAGGGUGUGGCCAAUGUUGAGACGUUCGGGAUCAUCAUGCGCAAAUAUGCCAGGGCACAGAAGUUGGAUGAGGCAGUUUACACGUUCAACGUCAUGGAGAAAUAUGGUGUUGCCCACAACCUCGCUGCCUUCAACAGCUUGCUCAGUGCACUAUGCAAAUCUAAGAACGUGCGCAAGGCGCAGGAGAUCUUUGAUAAGAUGAAUAAUCGGUUCAGUCCUGAUGCCAAGACCUAUAGUAUCUUGCUUGAGGGUUGGGGGAGAGCGCCCAGCCUCCCAAAGAUGCGAGAGGUUUACAGUGAUAUGCUUGCCGCUGGUUGCCAGCCUGACAUUGUCACAUAUGGUAUCAUGGUCGAUGCACUCUGCAAGACAGGCCGAGUUGAAGAGGCUGUCUGUGUCGUGCAGGACAUGAGCUCUAGGGGAUGCCAACCGACAACCUUCAUAUACAGCAUCUUAGUGCAUACUUAUGGAGUUGAUAUGAGGAUUGAGGAUGCUGUUGCAGCAUUUUUGGAUAUGGAGAAGGAUGGGAUUAUGCCUGAUGUUGUUGUGUACAAUGCGCUCAUCACUGCCUUCUGCAAAGUGAAGAAGUUUGAGAAUGCCUUCAGAGUCAUGGAUGACAUGCAAGGCCAUGGAAUCUCCCCAAAUUCAAGGACCUGGAACAUCAUCCUAAAUACUCUGAUUAGCCUUGGAAAGGAUGAUGAGGCAUAUAGGGUCUUCCGCAGCAUGAUUAAGCGCUGCAAACCAGACUCUGAUACUUACACCAUGAUGAUAAAGAUGUUCUGUGAGAAUGAUAAGAUAGAGAUGGCACUGAAGGUAUGGAAGUAUAUGCGAUUGAAGCAGUUCUUGCCGAGCAUGCACACAUUCUCUGUGCUGAUCAAUGGUCUCUGUGACAAGGGUGAAGUUAGCCAAGCUUGUGUCCUGCUUGAAGAUAUGAUCGAGAAGGGCAUUAGACCUCCUGGUUCAACUUUUGGCAAGCUGAGGCAGCUACUUUUAAAAGAAGGGAGGAAGGAUGUGCUUGACUUUCUUGUCGAGAAAAUGAAGAUCCUCGCUCAAGAACCUUUGUUUGAUUGACCCUUCACUUCUCCAUUGCUGCUGAGAAUAUCAGUUAUCAUUUAGGCUUUAUGAAUAAAUGUUCCCAGUUAAGGAUUGCUUUGGUGACCCAGGAUCAUAGAAGGAUUGGAGGGGAUUGAGGAGAAAAUUAGUCAUUUCCCCCUCAAUCCCCUCUAAUCCCUCCGUGAUCCCCUUGUCGCCAAAUCGACCCUAAAGGAUGAAUGGAUGCCUAACCAAACCAUGGCUGUGUUUUUGUCGUCCCACUCGACCAUUACGACUAUCAAUUGUCAAACACCUGAUGGCCAAAAUGCUGAACUGCUGAUAUUUUAUCUCACCGGGAAACUUUUUGUAUUUUAAGACUCGAACUUGAGUCCUCCAAAAGCAAUGAACUACAUAUGGUCCAUGUAUCAAGAGUUUCAGCAUUUAUUUUAAGACUCGUAUUUCAGCAAUGAACUACAUGUGUAUUUUAAGACUCGAACUUCAGCACAAGAAUCCUUCAAGGACCGGUGUAGUCACAAGUGUCCAUGUUCUGAACUUGAGGACUUCGUGCCAUACUGCCAACUUGUUCAGGCACAAGUCACUACUACAAUACUACUACAUGAAAAGGGUCAAACUGCCAACCAGUAUAUUGAAACUUGUACUGCCCUGAGCACUUGAUCUAUGAAAAGGGACACCACAUUCCUUGAGCAUU